AUGCCGGACAAGCACACUGUGGCUCAGAGAUACCUUGCCCAGGUAAACAACAUCAUCUCCGUCGGAGAAGCACUCGUCCAGACCGAUCACGUGUCGGAGUCUGGAAUCAUCUACCUGCGUAAGGCUCUAGACUCGGUCUACGAUGUCCUCCAAGACAACGCUAUCGAGCUGGGAGCAAAAGCCACCAAGAACGAUGGUGACACCGAGGACGAGGAGUCUGAGGUCGAGGAGGAGUCGAUCAAGACGACCAAGAGAAAGUUCCGAGGCGAUACCAAGUGCCUCUUGGAAAAGGCAACUGUCUGGCCGCCUACUACUGGAGGUGCCGACAACGACUGGGCGACGAAGCUCGCCAACUACAUGAGAUCGGUUGGUGACGGCGUCACCAGCAUCCCAUCCAGAGCUCUUCAGGAGCUGUUGCUUUUGAGCUGGUCCGGUCAAGGCCUCGACAACGUGCAGAGCCUGGCCCACGAGACUCGCGAGAACGCCGCCACCAUCCAGUCCACCCUGGCUCUCAACGUCGUGGGCAAGGAGCGCACAACCUCCGAUUUCUCAGACAUGGCUUCGGCCAUCACCCGCAUGCUACAGAUCCGCACUGCCGGGGUGCUCUCCCAGAUUGACUCAAUCGUCGUGCAUGCCGUAGCCGCACGUGUCAUGGAAUCAACAAUCGGCGAGAUCGGCGCUCGCAGCGGUCCGCUGUUCAAAGCUUACAAAGAGGCCACUAGCGUUGAAGACCAUUCAUACGGCAACGAGGGCACGAGAGAUUCUUACCGUCUCUUCGUCAUCGAGAAAGCUAUUCCGGUCGUCUACCAGCCAAAUACUUGGGUGUCGCCAGAACCCGAAACUUUUGCAACGCAAAAUGUCUCGCUAGCCAUGUAUCGUGUAAAUCGUUGUAACUCGUAUACGUCAACUGAAUCGCCACUCUGAUCCUCGCCACCACUCGAAUCGCAAGAUCAAAGGUGAACCCAGCAUGACAAGAGACACAUUUGCAAAACACAAGAUCUUUUUCAUCUGGUUCGGCGGCAGCAACGGCGGUAGCUAUAGGGAGGCCUUCGUCCAGGUAGUGGUAUGUAAUUUCUGCUGUGGUGAUAGGGGUAGGAGGAAGUGUUUCAUUGAGCUGAGAUGAUAUUUGGGCGUUCUGCUUAUGGUUCUCGCAUUCUUCGAUACAAAGGAGGUUAUGGUGGCCGCAUUGGUAGGAGUAAAGUGCGUAUUGACACAUUAUUUGCUUGUGAAGAGAUGAAUGAUGGCAAGGUCUGACGAUCGUCCUUUUUGUACGAUUGCGAAAUAAAGGCUGCAUG